AUGACUGAAAGUGUAGAGCAUUUUUCUGCUGCUGUCACUGAUGAAGAUAAGAAUGUAAGAAUUUUCAAAACACCCACUCAGCCUGUGCUUCCUAAGAUAUAUUAUAAUUUUAGAGAUAAUAAAAAGUAUAUCUCAGGUUGUUCUUUGGAAAACAAACCAAUUCUUGGAAUGAAAUUUGAUAGUCUUGGAGAUGGUAUUUCCUUUUAUUACAAAUAUGCUAUUGAGUGUGGAUUUAAAGACCGUUCUAGUACUACUAAAGUAGAUAAGAAUAAGGUUGGUUCUAGUAAUGGUAAAGGAGUUACUGUAAUUGAAUAUUCAUUAUGUAGCAAUGAAGGGUAUGUGACAAAAAACAAGAAAGUUGGUAAACAAAAUGAAGGUGCAUGUUUAAGGAAAAAGACUGUGAAGAGAGUUGGAUGUCCUGCUAAUAUUAAAUUUAGAUUAUGUAAUGGUGGGAAGUAUAUGGUUUACUCUUUUUAUGAGUCUCAUUCUCACCCUUUUUCUACACCUAUUACUAGGCAGGUUACUAAAUUUGAAGUUGGUUUAAAUUUUGCUCAUAAGAAGUUUAUUUUUGACAACUCAAAGUUAAAUAUAGGGGCUAUUAUAUCUUAUAGGAUCAUGAAAGAACUUUGUAAUGGGUUUAAAAAUGUCAGGGGCAGUAAAAAUGACUUCAAAAAAUUUUCCAGGGACUUGAAAGUUUAUAUAUCUAAUGCUGAAGGUGCAAUGUUUGUUCAAAACCUUGAACAAAAAUGUAUGGGAAGAGAACCCUCUUUCAUAAUCACUGAUCAAGAUCCUGCAAUGGGUAUUGCCAUACAAAUGGUUUUUACCAAGACUAAACACAGGUUAUGUAUGUGGCACAUAAUGAGGAAGGUACCUGAAAAGGUUGGAACUCAUUUUUGUAAUGAAAUGGAGUUCUUGAAAAAGCUAAGUGCAGUAGUUUGGGAUAGAGAAAUUGAUCCCAAUGUAUUUGUUGAUGGUUGGAACAGUGUUAUGGAGGAAUUUGACCUUGUAGAUCAUGAGUGGUUUGCAUACAUGUUCAAGAUUAGGCAUCUUUGGAUCCCUGCAUAUUUCAGGAACUUGUUUAUGGGUGAGUUACUGCGUUCUACUUCUAGACAUUCUGAAAAAGCUUCUGCAAUAAAUGCUGUUUUGGAUUAUGCUUCCAUGUAUGAUAAGAAGAAGCAAUUGAUGCUAACAAAGAAUAAUCCUAAAAAUGCAACUAGUUCAAAAGAGGUGAAAGAUGCUGAUAUUCAGGUUUUGGUUGGGUCAAACGAAGUAGAUGUAAACAUCUUGCCUCCAAAUCAGUGUCUUAAUAAAGGUUCUGCCAGAAGUUAA